AUGGAAGAAGAGAUCCAUGGCGGAUUUUAUGAGAUUGGUGCGUAUCGACAUAAUGUUCGCCGUUAUAAGGAAGGUAUUGAACAACUCAACGAUAUUCAAUCCAUGUUAAAGGAACGUGCCGAUAUCGAAUCGUCAUACGCUAAAUCGUUGCAAACGUUUCAUGCAAAAUGGUCCAACUAUGUUUCACAUUUGCCUCAUUCAACAAUUAAAAAUGUUUGGACGGAAUUAUUAGAAGAAGGAAGUGAAGUUUCUAAACUUCAUGCAAAUGUUAAGGAUAGAAUUUCUGAUGAGUUGUUAAAAACUAUCUCUUUGUAUCUGAAAGAAAAUCACCAUCCAACAGCAUUUCGAGCACCAAAAGAAAUUCGAGAAAUUGAGGAUGAUUUUGAAAAAGCACAACGACCAUGGCGUAAACAUUAUGAAAAAGCUGAAAAAGCAAAAAAAGCUUUUCAUUUAGCUUCAAAAGCCGAACGAUCAGCAGAAAUUCAGGCGAAGAAUGCGUCGGGUGAUUCGUCUAUAUCAACUGAUAAUGAGAAUAAAUUUCGAGAACGUUAUCAGAAAUGUCAAGGAGAAUUGGCUAAAAGUGAAAAGGCUUAUCGAGUUGCGAUAAACGAUCUAAUUAGCCUAAAAGCUAAUUACAUAUCACAUAUGGAAGAUGUUUACGAAAAUUGUCAACAAAAAGAAUUAAAGCGGCUUAAAUUCGUUUUCGAAAUGUUAUGUGGUUUUCAAAAAGUAGUUGUCGAUGUAGCGACAGCAACGAAGUAA